AUGUAACGUGUAAAGUGCAUACAUGCUUUGUUUCUAUUACAGAGAAGCAGUGCUUCUCCUCUUGUUUAUUAAUAAUAAACCGUAAGGACAUGUUAAUAACUGAAGUGUAGCGUUUUUACUAUAACAGGUUAUGCAUGUUCGAGAGAAAUUUUGUAAAAUUUCCGAUUCAAGAAACAGUGAAAGAAGUUGAGAAUUUUACACAGGAGGCCUCUGUUGCAAGACAUAACUGGAAGCCAAAAUCAAAGAAAAACGACACAUGCAAUUACUGUAAAAGAAAAGGACACUGGGUGAAAACUUGCAAGAAGUGGAUACGUGAUGGCUGUCCUCAAAGAGGAAAUCAAGAAAAAGAAAGUAGUAAAGACAGUGCUCAAGUAAUAAUUGGAACAGUAGCUUCUGAUUGUGAGAUUUGCUCUACAGUUGAGGUUAAGGGUACAGAGUGGUGGAUUGACAAUGGUGCUACAAAACACAUGACAAAUUGUUCCAAGUACUUCAUAAAUUUUGAAGGGUUUGAGAAGCCAAAGGACAUUAUUCAAGCAGGUCAAGCUCCGCUACAAGCAGUUGGGGCUGGAGACAUGAAAGUGAAGUCAGACCUAGGAAACAAGAAUAAAAUGUUGUUACUAAAGAAUGUGUUAUUUGUGCCUGACCUUGUCAAGAAUCUUUUUUCUGUCCUAACAGCUCAUGAAGCCAACCCAUCAAGUAGAUUCAUAUCAGGUAUUAACACAUGCAGUUUGCAAGUCCAUGGAGAGGAGAUAGUAAAAGGAAAGCGUUCCACAGGAGGUGGAUUGUACAAAGCCCUAAUUGAGCCUGUUAUGCCAGAGCGACAAAUUGAAGAAGAAACGAAGUGACAAUUCAAGGAGAACUCUUAUCUGCAGAUGUGUGUGGUCCAUUCAAACCAACCUUUCAAGGAAAGAGGUAUGUUGCACUAUUUAAGGAUAAUUACUCUAGAUACAGAUAUGUGUAUUUGUUGAAGGAAAAAUCAGAAGUGGAAAGUAUCUUAACAGAUGUGAUACGGAAGGCAAAGGCCUUAGGACAUGUUGUGCAUGAAUUCCUCAGUGAUAAUGGAGGAGAAUUUGAUAAUGAGAAGGUUAGGAAUGUUCUCAACAAAAAUGGUAUAGUUCAUCGGCUAACAGCUCCCUAUACGCCUGAACAGAACGGGAAUACCGAGCGUGAAAACCGCACAGUUAUUGAGAUGGCAAGGACACUUAUGUAUGCAAACAAGGAAACAGAAUUCCCAGAAGAAAUUUGGGGUGAGUUGGUAAAUACGGCAGUGUAUAUUUUAAAUAGAACAGGAAAGUCAAAGGAAGAAGGGAAAAGCCCCUAUGAACUCUGGAUCAAGAAAAAGCCGCGUUUGAAACACUUCAGGAUAAUUGGAACCCCUUGUUAUGUACAUAUACCGAAACAAAGAAGAACCAAGAUGGAUAGAAAAGCAGUUAAAGGGUACUUAGUGGGUUACGACGGUGAUGAGAGAUACAGAGUGUGGAUAAAAGGCACAAGGUCAAUAGCACUGUCAAGAGAUGUGGUAUUCGAAGAGAAUCCAAUAAGAUGCAUCAAAUCUCAUGAAGACUCUAAAUCCGAGACAGGUGACAGCUUUAGCACUGGAGCUUUAGAAAACACAAGUGGUCAGUCGGAUUAUGAAGAUGAGACUCAAAGUGAAGAUAGUGAAGAGGUGCAAUCAGAAGAUCCAAAAACUCGCUCUUUAAGAGAUAGAACUACCUUAAAGAAACCAUCCCACCUAGAAGACUAUGUUAUGAUAUCAGAAGUGUUAAAUGAAAGGUUCAACCCCGAGACAUACGAAGAGGCAAUUUCUUGUAAAGAAAAGGAGAAGUGGAAGGAA